CUUGACUUGCGCGACGGACGACAGGACAGAGAUUGCAUAGUAACCUAUCGAAAAUGGCGACGGUGGUGUGGUUGUUCGUGUCUCUGAUCAUCACGCAGAGUUACACGGCCAGCCUCACGAGCAUGCUCACCGUGCAACGGAUAGAGCCCAAAAUAGCGAAUAUCGAGAUGCUGAAGAACGCGAACGCGUUCGUGGGGUGCUCCAAGGUCUCUUUCGUGAAGACUUACUUGACGGAUGCCCUGCAGUUCAACUCGGGCCGCAUCAAGAGCUUCACCACCCCGGAGGCCUACGCGCAGGCCCUCAGGAGCGGUAAAAUCGCCGCGGCCUUUCUCGAAAUCCCCGUCGCCAAACUAUUCGUGGCUAAGUACUGCAAGAGCUUCGUCAUCGCGGGCCCCACUUACAAAGUCGGAGGAUAUGGAUUUGCUUUUCCAAAGGGUUCUCUAUUGGUGGCUGACGUGGACAAAUCAUUGUUGGAUGCAUUUGAAAAGGGGGUGGUGAAGGACUUGGAGAAGAGCUUGAUAGAGUCGGAGAUAUGUGUCGAUAUUCCGGUGGAUAAUGAGACGACGAACGCGAGUUUGAGCCCUCAUAGCUUUUUCGUGCUCUUUAUAUUCACCGGCGGUACUUCCACCGCAGCGCUGGCCAUCUACUACAUUCGGAGCAGACGGAAAGUGGAUGACGUGGCGUACGAGCACAAAGGGAUUUGGAUGUUCCUUGUACUCAUGGUCCUCAAGAAAUGGAGAUAUCGGAGAAACCGAAUGUCCCGAAAAGUUAGUGAUUUGGAAAGUCCCGCGGAUUCUCAUUCUUGAUGGAUCACCAUGCAUCAACAUGUAUAUACAUGUACGAAGUUUACAUGAUUAACUGAUCUUAGAAAUGCCAUAUCAUAGCCUUAUAAUAUGAUUCCGCGUAGAAAUGUAUAAAUGCACGAUUUUUCAUGCAAUUUAUACAAAAUAAAAUUAGAUUUUUUUUU